CACACCAGUGCCAUGAGGGCUUUCGACGCCUCAUAUAUGGCAGGUGGCAUGGAUGCUUACGCUCUUCGUGACAACGGAUCCACACCCUCAAGCCCUGCUGAUUAUGAGGAUAUUGAAGGAGAAGACCAAGGACUUACCUUCAGCGAAGUAUCUGGUGGAGAACUCGGUCUCAGAAUCUUCGGAGCCAUUAUAUGUUCCAUACUUGUCAGCACAACUUUGAUUGGAAACAUUUUAGUUCUUGUUGUAGUCACUAAAUUUCGACGUCUACGGUCCAUAACCAAUCUCUUGCUCGCCAGUCUUGCAACUGCAGACAUAACAGUGGCAUCUCUAGUAAUGCCCUUCUCCAUUAUAUAUGACCUUGAUCGUCAGUGGAGAUUCGGACCCAUUGCCUGUCACCUCUGGAUAUCUUGUGAUGUAAUGUGCUGCACGGCUUCAAUACUUCAUCUAUGUUUUAUUGCCCUGGAUCGAUUUUGGGCCAUCACAAAGCCAUUUCGUUACCGCUCGCUCGUUUCCAGGAAACGCAUUGGCUUCGUUAUUGCCUUUGUGUGGAUGUGCAGUGCUGCAAUCUCCUUCAUACCUAUUUUCCUUGGCUGGUACAGUGACCAUCCCGUGAGCAUAUUUGAUCCAAGCACUCAGUGUUCCCUGACUGUGAAUCACAUCUAUGCCACAGUAUCUUCCCUGACGUCUUUCUACUUACCUUUGCCAAUCAUGUUCUAUGUGUAUUUCAGAAUUUUAAUGGUGGCUGAGCAUCAAGCCAGAGAAAUAAAGCAAUUAGAGAUAUCUCUUCAAGGAGCUGGAACCCAUGGAAUGAGGAGAAGUUUAAGAAGGCGAUCUAAGCAAGUUGUAACGGAUACCAAAGCCAUCAGGACACUAGGUAUCGUAAUGGGUGUGUUUUGUGUAUGUUGGUUGCCAUUUUUCCUUAUGUAUGUCAUCCUGGCUUACUGUACACACUGUUCUCUGAGUUAUGAAAUCCGUAGCGCUAUCACGUGGCUUGGAUAUUUCAAUUCCUCAUUCAAUCCUUGCAUUUAUGCUUUCUUAAAUAGAGACUUCAAAGAAGCAUUCCGCGUAGUUUUAUGCUGCAAACACCAUAAUGGAGGAAUAGAUGAGACAAGCACUGGUGGUGGCAAGAACCACCUGCGAAUGGACAGACUCAAUGUGGAAGCCAUCACACCAGAAGCGAGGACACCUUGUCUCAGUCCCCAAAUCGAUCACGUCUCCUGGCCAUCUGGCGAAGUAGUCUACGACCAAAACCACCAGCAAUCCUCCACUUUACUAACUGUGCCAGGCGCUAGAAAUCACACAAACGAGCACUUCCUUUGA